AUGGGGUUCGUGUGCAAGGGAAGUAGCCCUGUUGACUUAACCUCCGACUGCGUCCGGUCGUUCUGGUCGACUGUGCUCCCCGCCGUGCUCGUCGUCCUCUUCACGCUCUACCGCGUCCCUCUGCCCAGUCCAAUUACCAAAGCCCUCGGCUUCGUCACAUCUCCACUCACGCCGUUCCUGACCCUCGAAGAGGCCGAAGCUCUCGACGCCAGCGCGGACAAGGACGAAGGCAACACGACUCACACGACCACAAACGCAACUACAACAGGCAUCCCGCUAUGGCGCACGAUCGUCCUCGUCUGGCUCGCACUCGCCGAAACACUCGUCUGGCUCUCCAUCGCAGCCUUCUCCUCCUUCCUCUCCGCCUCCCACCCCAUCCCUCCCUCCACACACCCUUCCGCCGCCCCUCCCAACGUCUUCGCACUCCUCGCGCUCCUCACAUCUCUCUCCUGGCUCUACGCCACGAUCCGGCCUAUCGCCAUCCCCUCCGCCACACUCCCGAUUGAUCUCCUCGCGCUGUAUGUCGUGCACUUCGUGUUGCUGGUGUUGAAGGUCGGAGGCGCGGUGUAUGAUGUGAACGUGCUGGGCAUCGGAGGUCCGAAUGGGUUGGUGGUACUUGGGUGGGGAGCGGAUGCGGUAGCGUUGGGGGUGUUGCUGUGUGUGCUUUGGUGGACUCCGUUGGGGAUUCCGAGUGAGAGGGUGGAUAAAAGCGAGAUCGGCAAGUCGGUCUCGCCGGAGGAUUAUACGACAUUGGGCGGUUGGACGACAUUCUUCUGGAUUUACCCUCUCAUCAAACGCGGAACGAACGAUACGCUGAACGAGACGGACGUAUGGAACCUGAGCCCGACGAUGCAGUCCCGACCGGUUUUCAUGAAGUUUAGCGCUACCAAGCGGAAUACACUCCUCCGUCGUCUUUGGGCUGCGAAUUCUCUCGACCUUAUCCUCGACUUCACCCUCACCUUCAUCUCCGUCGUCUUCAACUACGCCUCCCCCUUCUUCCUCCGCCGUAUCCUCGAGGCCAUCGACGACCAUACCGAGGCGGAGAGGCAGAAGAGGAGCCAGGCGUAUGUGUAUGCGGGUUUGGCGUUUUUAUGUACUGUUGCGAAGGCCCAAGCAGACCUCCAACACCUCUGGUACGGCCGUCGCGCCUGCACCCACAUCCGCACCGAACUCAUGGCUUCCAUCUACGACAAAGCGCUCAAACGGAAAGAUUUUUCGGGUAUCGUGGAUCAGGAUGCGUUGGCGAGUGGAAAUGGGGGAGGUGGGGAAGGAAGAGGGGAAGGGAAGAAGAUGAGUAAGGAGGAGAGGAAGAAGGCGGAGGAUAAGAGGGAUGAGAGUAAGGCGGGCGCGGACGUGGGGAAGAUCGUGAAUUUGAUGGCGGGAGAUGCGAAUCGGUGCGCGAUGAUGAUAUCGGGGAUAUAUUUCAUCUAUGGAGCGCCGUUCGAGAUCAUUAUCGCGAGUGUGUUUUUGUAUCAACUACUAGGCAUAUCCGCCUUCGCGGGCUUCAUCGUCCUCCUCCUCGGCUGGCCGCUUAAUUCGUUCAUUGCGAGGAGGAGUAUAAGGAUUCAGAAGGGCGUGAUGGCCGCGAGGGAUAGGAGGAUGGGGGUGUUGAAUGAGUUGAUUGGCGCGGUCAAGUUCAUCAAAUUCUUCGCAUGGGAGGAUCGUUGGAUCGAGCGUGCACUCGAUGCGAGGGAAGCCGAGAUGAAAUGGAUGAUCAAAGCCCGCGUGAACUCGGUCUUGUUCUCCGCAUUGUGGACGACAGCGCCGAUUUUGGUGUCUAUUAUCUCGUUUUGGGUGUAUGUGAUGAGGGGGAACGAGUUGACGGUUAGCGUUGCGUUUACGGCUAUCGCCCUGUUCAACAUGAUCCGUGCACCCCUCAACGUUAUCCCGGCGUGGAUCGUGCAGAUACUGCAGACCGGCGUAGCACUCAACCGCAUAUCUGUCUAUCUCAACGAAGACGAAGUAGACGAGCAAGUUUCGUCGCUUAAACGGACUCGAUCUGGAGCCCCUUCAUCGUCUUCUGCGGAUGGUGAAGACACGGAUAAAGAAGGUUUAGGUUUCAAAAACGCGUCGUUCAAGUGGAAUGAGGUCGAAGAGAAGAAAAAGGAUGAUCCUAAAGAUAAGGUGGUCAAGACGAACGGACAUAAUAUUGGGACAAACGGCGCCCAACGAGGCUCGGAGGAGACAGAUGCUACGCUUACGCUUCCUACCAGUUCCGCCGACACUAACGCCGGUACGAACGACGAGGAAGCGGCGGAUAGGGAGAGUAUAACGGGAAGCGGGAAUGAGCAUCGGUUCGAGUUGAGGGAUUUGAAUGUUAUGUUUCCGGAGGGGGAGUUGACGGUGGUUACGGGGCCGACGGCGAGUGGGAAGACUGCACUGUUGAUGGCGCUGUUGGGCGAGAUGACGAUGCUGCCGACAAAUCCUCCCGGGAAGUUGAUCAUGCAUAAGGACCCUCAUGCCAUCGACCCCGUCACUCACCUCACCCACACGAUCUCCUACGCCGCCCAAUCGCCCUGGCUGCGUCAUCAGUCGAUCAAAGAAAAUAUCUUGUUCGGGUAUCCGUAUGAUGAGAAGAGGUACGAAGACGUCGUGGAGAGCUGUGCAUUGGGUCCUGAUCUGAAAAUAUUGGAAGAUGGGGAUGAGACGGAGAUUGGUGCGAGGGGUGUGAGUCUCUCGGGUGGACAGAAGGCUAGGGUGGCGCUUGCGAGGGCAGUGUAUGCACCAACGAAGUAUGUGCUUUUGGACGAUCCGUUGAGCGCUGUAGACAGUCACACCGCCCGCUUCCUAUUCGAGAAGCUCCUCAAGGGCCCAUUACUAGCCAAUCGCACCGUCAUCCUCGUAACCCAUCACGUCGAACUUGUCCUCCCUGGCACACAAUAUCUCAUCCGCAUGCUCGAUGGCCGCAUCGACACACAUGGUACGGUAGCUGCCCUUCGCGAACAAGGUAUCCUUGAGGCUAUUGAGCAGGAGAGCGAGGUGCAGGUCGUGCAGGAGGAGAAGGCUGAAGAAGCAAUGGAGGGGGCUGUUGAAGGCGAUGGCAACGACGAGGGAGAAGGAGAAAGUGACGCAGUGAAGAAGGCCAAGGGUAAGGGAGGCAAGAAACCGAGGAAGUUGGUCAAGGAUGAGCAACGGCUGACGGGUGGGGUGAAGUGGCCGAUAUAUAGGACUUAUUUGAAGGCUUCGUCGUAUUGGACGUGGAUUGGGUUGGCGUCGCUAAUCGUGCUGGCACAGUUGCUGGGUGUUACCGAGAAGCUUUGGAUCAAGUUUUGGGGCGAAGCAUACGGCGAUAAUAGUGUCGUGGCUUCUACAACGACCUACUCAUUCACUUCCUUCUCAACCGUUGAACAUGAAAGCCUCUUCGGUGGUUCCCUCACCCCGCAUUACCUUCCGCAUGCAAUCCACAGCUCUCAUCAUAUCCCGCAUAUCGUCCUCACAAACGUCCAACCCUCUAUCCUACCCAGCGCAAAGGAACACCCCCUUUUCUAUAUCGGUGUCUAUGCGGGUAUCGGGUUCUUGACGGCGUUGGUCAGUAUUCUGUCGGUGGUGACGCAGUACACAGGAGCUUUGAGAGCCAGUAGAGUGCUGUUCAGGAAGUUGUUGGAGACAGUGGUUAGGGCGACUAUGAGGUGGCAUGAUACGACGCCGCAGGGUCGAAUGUUGAAUAGGUUCAGUAAGGAUGUCGAGACGGUCGACUCGUCCCUAGCAGGUUCGCUCCAGGCCGUCAAUACCUCCCUCGCCACAUUUGCGGCCUCGGUUCUCACAGUGGCUUUCAUUUUCCCCCUCUUCCUCAUCCCCGCCUCAAUAAUUGGUCUUGCCUACCGCCAAUUCGCCAUAGGGUAUCUCAACACCGGCCGUGAUCUCCGUCGCAUGGAGUCUAACACUCGUUCGCCCAUCUUUUCCGGGUUCGGAGAGUUGUUGGAGGGGAUUGUUACCGUGAGGGCGUUCUCUGCGGAACAGAAGUUCUUAGAUGGGUUGCACCAGAAGAUCGACCAGACUACGAAGAUGUGGUACAGCUUCUGGAUGACGAACCGCUGGCUGCUCCUGAAUUUCGAUUGCCUCGGUGCCGUUGCCGUGCUCAUCACGACGCUCUUCGCGCUUUCGGGUUUCGUGAGCGCGGGAACUGCGGGUAUGUGUAUCACUUCGGCGAUGGCAUUCACGACCAGUAUAUACUGGGCCUGUCGGUUCUGGACAGCGCUCGAGCUCGAUCUCAACUCCGUUGAACGUGUGGUCGAAUACCUCGACCUUCCACAAGAACCUCCCGCAAUCAUCGAAAACAACCGCCCGCCCGCCUACUGGCCGUCCUCUGAAGGCGAAAACUUGAUCGUAGUGGAGAACCUCGACAUCAAGUACGCACCAGAGUUGCCGCCCGUGUUGCAUGACGUGUCGUUCUCGCUCAAGGCGAAGGAAAGGAUUGGGCUUUUGGGAAGGACAGGGUCGGGGAAAUCGACGCUAGCAAUGAGUAUUCUGAGAUUCGUCGAUCCUGCGGGCGGAAGAAUUUUGGUGGGUGGGAUUGAUAUCUCGACGAUUGGGUUGCAUGAUUUGAGAUCGAGGAUUACAUUCAUUCCACAAGAUGCUACACUUUUCUCGGGAACGCUGAGGGAGAACCUUGAUCCGUUUAACGAACAUGACGAUUUGGAAUGCCUGGACGUCUUGUAUCGCGUCCAAAUGCUUACCGAAAAUGCCUACGAAUCUCAACGCACCUCUCGUCAAGCCUCGCGCGCCAAUACGAGGCCGUCCUCUCCCUCACAUCCUGAUCGCCCCUCCUCAGCUACGUCGUCGUCAUCUCCUACUGUCGGUGCUCCUUCUGUCACCGAAGUCGAGAGCCGCGCACCGAUCACGUUGGACACGCAAGUUUCUCCCGGAGGAAUCAACUUCUCGCAGGGUCAAAGGCAGUUGAUCGCAAUGGCCCGAGCCCUCCUCCGUCGUUCAGCCAUAAUAGUUCUCGACGAAGCCACGAGCUCGAUUGAUUUCGCCACGGACGCGAAGAUCCAGGCAACGAUCCGGGAAGAGUUCGGCGGGUCGUUGUUAUUGACCGUAGCCCAUCGUCUGAGGACAGUGAUUGAUUACGAUAGGUUGAUUGUGUUGGAGAAGGGAGCUGUGGCGGAGUUUGAUACGCCGGCGAAGUUGUUGGAGAAGAAGGAUGGGAUAUUCAGGACAAUGUGUUUGAAGAGUGGAAUGUUCGCGGAGUUAGAGGCGGCAGCGAAGGAGAAGGCAGCUAGGGAAGGCAGCUAG